GUGGCCGGAUCUGCCCACGCGUUGCCGAGUUCCGUUUGGCUUCAAAUUGAGCCGCGUGUGUUCGUGCCCUUUUCACGUAUUGCGCGUUUCCUGAACAUUUCACCCCACCAAACACGCACGAGUUUCCGGUUGACUUCGCGGGACAAAGUGCGCGAUCGCAAACAUGCCCGCGGUUCCUCCACCUCCGAUCCGUGACCUGGAGGGUCUGUUGGCGCCGGUCCUUCCCGCGGGAACUCGCGUACUCGGUUACGAGGCCGACUUGCUUACGGCGCCUGGAGAUAAUUACGGGAGCACUAUGUUGGCUGUGGCCGUGCAAAUCACCACCGAACGGGAGACAUCAUCCUCAUCGAGUUCCAGCGACACCAGUCACCAGCCAAAGGAGUGCUUCGGAAACGAGAACGGGCCAGCAGGCCAGCUUCAUUUGGUGGCCAAAAUGCGACCGAGCAGUGAGCAGUUUCUCGAAAUCUUCCAAAUCGACACCACGUUCGUGAAGGAGGCGGCCGUCUACUUGAAGAUCGUCCCAACGCUGCUGGACCUCCAGCGCGCACAGGGAUUCGGUGGCGAGGACGAAUUGAUCGAUGUGUUCUGCCGGUGCUACAACGCCCGCGUAUCCCUGGACCCAACGGCGCGGAAAGUGGACGCGGAUGGGGUGAUGCUGUUCGAGAAUCUUAAGCUGGCCGGCUACGUGACGGAGAACCGACGCCAAGGGCUCACCCGGGACCUGGCACGCUUUGUGUUGCAGAAGCUGGCCCUGUUCCACGGAAUCCCGAUAGCGCUGCGCUACCUCAAGCCGGAAGUUUUCGAAUCGGGCAUCCGCAAGCACCUCGUGAAGAUUGAUAUCGACGCUGGGCUGGGGGCAGAAACGCUGCGUCAGUUGAUGGAUGUGUUUCGGCAGGACAUCUUGCGGACCGGCGUCGGUCCGGAGCUGGCCGGAAGAGCGUACGCUAAGAUUUGCGAGUGCCACCGUCGCCAGGAGCAACUGAUUUCCGACCAGCUGACGGUUUACUGCACGAUGCUGCACAAUGAUCUCUGGGUGAACAAUAUGAUGAUCAAAUACGAUUCGCAAACCGGGCAGCCCGUCAGCCUGAAGUUUGUCGACUUUCAGCUGAUCGAUAUGGAUUCGCUCGUGCGGGACGUUAUUUUCUUCAUCAUUACGAGUGUCAACGAUCCUGAUCUCGAGUCACAACUGGACGCGAGCUAUUUGGAGUUCUACUUUCAGCAGUUGGUCAGCUGCCUAACUCGGCUACAAUUUCCCGACCCGGAACUCCUGACCAUCGAAAGCUUCCGGGAGGAAAUCGAUCGUGUGGCCCCAUUUGAGUUGUACCAUAUCGUGUCGAUGCUGCGUGUGGUGCUGGCCCGGAAAGAGUCCAUACCGGACCAGAGCGAACAGAAUGCGGCCCUGUUCUUCAACGACAAUUUAGUCGAGGAGGACUACUACCGGCGGCUGGAAAUGACACUUAGGAUCUACGACCAGAGGGGCUGGCUAUAGAGGAGGAGCAGGAUGCGGGGUGUUCAAUUAAACGUAUCAAUCG